UCGCGACUUUGGCCAGCGGCGUGUGAGCCGGAUGACGCUCGACGAAGCGCUUGACAAGCUCGAAGGCACUUCUGACCCGAUAGCCGAGACGGAUGCAGUGCAAGCUUUGGAGCUAGAGCUGCAGGAAUGGUCAGACAGCGCCAGGGAGGCACAAAUGAUCCAACGGCUAUCACACGAACUCUCGAGCUGCUUGCAGAGCUCACACGCACCUCUUGCGGCUGUGUCACUGACCUGCAUCAACACAUACCUGGUCAAGAUCGCGACCGAGCCUGCAGUGAUCGAUGCCGCUGCAGUGACAGAUUGCCUGUCCUCAUUUCUCGAAUCUGGCGGCUUGCUCGAGAAGCUAGCAGACGCGGAGCUCAGCAAUGGUGCGCAAGCUGCCCUCAUGAAGCUUGCUCAGUUGGCGUGCCAUUCAAGCACCGCGUUACCGAAAGCUAGCGAUCUGCCUUUGAGCCACUUCGAGCGCGUCUUACUGCAAAGAGGCCUGCGUAGCAAGCUAGCAAAGACACGACAGUGCACCGCUCGCUUUGUCGCAGCAUGGCGGAAAGAGCGCUCUGGCUUGCCACUCAAGCCAUACUUGCCUAGCCUGGUGGAAGCCUUGGAAGAUACUGACCCCGAUGUUCGCGACGCGGCCCAACAGAGUCUGAUAGACAUCUUUGCCGAUCUUGCUUUGCCUGCCGCUGCACGCAAUGAUCUCAACAAAGAGAUGACAAGGCAGGCCAUUCGAGCUGCCACGGUAGACGCUAUACUCAAUGCGAUCAGCGCGAGCAUUGCCGAAGCUCCGUUAGACGGUCACAAGAGUAUAUUUUCGGUUGACGAUGUGCCUGCGCACCAAGUCGAGAGCGAACAAGAGCUCGUUCAGCUCGUUCAUCGUAUGCUGCCGUACUUUGAGGGUAGGGAGAGCGAAGAGAAUUGGCAACAGCGGGAGGAAUCCAUCAUACAGCUUCGAGGCAUCCUCAAAGGCGGCCUCUCGCCUCAGUAUGCAAAUGUGCUGGCAGGCCAACUUGAUGUUCUGAUGCAAGGUAUCCUCAAGUCUCUGGCGACAUUGCGUACAAGUCUAGCACAAGGAACCUGUCGGCUCAUAACCGAAUUAGCAGAGAGCCUGAGGCAACUGAUGGAUCCUCACGUCGAGCAGCUGCUUGCUGCACUGCUCAGAAUAUCUGCACAGACCAAGAAGCUCGUCGUCCAAGCAAGCGUCACCGCAUCUUCAGCUCUGCUGACAAAUACCAGCUUCUCUGCCAGUCAUUUGGUCAUCAUCGAACAAGGGUACAGCGAGAAGACUGCUUCAGCUCGCUCUGCGGCGGCUACCCAGCUCAAAGUCUUUCUCCAGCUACACGGAACGGCCCACAAGCAAGCUAUCGAGACCGGAAGUGCUAUUUCUCUCGUCGAGUCAUGCUUGUCGAGAGGUCUGGCCGAUCCGAGCCCAGAUGUCAGAGAGAUCACUCGAGCAACGUUCUGGAUAUCCGAGCCCACUUUCCCUUCUCAACUGGAGCAGAUCAGGAAUGCUCUGGAUGCUGCUUCGAUGAGGCAGCUAGAUGCUGUCAAUCCUCGCGCCGCAAAGAAGUCUGCGCCUGCUCCCAAACGCAUGUCUAUCCGAGAGAUGAUCGCUGCGAAAUCGAAUAAUAAUUCGCCUGUCAAACGGCCAUCAAUGCCGCAUCAGCCGAUCAUGCCUGCACAUAAGAACAGUGUAACUGACACGUCGCCUACUGCGUCGCCGCGCGCAAAUGGCGCGCCACGACAGUUGUCGAGGACUCUGGCUAAAAGCAGCACCAAAGCCGCGCAAACGCAGGCAGCAGCAACCGACGGGGCUGAGCCCGAGAAGAAGCUGACUGAUCGGUUCGCUGAUGUGUCUGUCAGUAAUGGCGACACUCAUGAGGCUCCCUCUGUCAUCGCGAACCUAAGCAGAGCAGGCAAGAAGAACUGGUGGGCAGUCCAUGCCGAUGCGCAGGCUAGCAAAGCCUUUGCUGCGUCUCCCUCGGAUAGCUUGGACGAAGCGGCGGCAGUCCUAGACAGCAUGCUAUCAUCACUGAAAGAGCAGCGGGCUAGCUCAGACAAUAUUCGGCAUGCCGUAUCCGCGUCGCGCUCGUUUGGCGAUCAUUCGAGCGAAACGCUGUGGACGAGCGAGACCAGACUCGAGACGCUCCUCGGCGCCAUGUUCUCAGCGGCGCCUUCGUUCGAUGAGACGAUGCAAGAUUCGCUCAUGCUCCUGCUGCGAGAGCUGGUCUUGCAUCAGUACUCGCUUUUCGGUCAGCAAGUCGCGCCGCUGAUCGACUUUUGCUUGUCUCAACGCAGUAGGAGCGGGAUCAAAUCGGUCGAAGCAGCUGCAGAAGCAGUCCUGGACGAAUGGGCAGAGCUCACCGAGCCGUUUGCUGGCCUCGAGUGCCUACGAACAUCUCUUUCGCGCAACCCAGACGACUCGACAGAAGCGGCGGCGCAGGCUUUGGCUAUGGGCGUAGAAGCGAUGGGGAAGAUACUCGCUCGCCUCCCGUCCCAGAAUAUCGAAGAAGAGCUCCGACUAUCUCGAGAGCUGAUUCUACGAGCACUCAAUGAUGCGAGGCAUCCGCAGCUCCGUCAAGCGGCUGUUGCUUGCCUGGUCUCCGCUCAGCGCUCCUUGCAAAACGCAAACAGGCUGUUCGAGCUCCUGGCAGACUUGGCGCCGUCACAGGUCCAUCUGAUCACUUACUAUAUCGCCAAGGAUGAAGAGAACAGGUAGUUACUCAAGUUAUACUGUGUGUAUUGUCACUAUCUGCGCAACGUUGCAUGUGCUACAUCGCUCGUCUGUCGCGUGCCUGGCCUCUCUACUCGUCGAUUGCCCGUAUGUAUAGCACAUUGUUGCACCUUAUGAAGACUUCUCCUAGCGAACCUGCUGGCUGAUCGUUCUGGUACUCCUCAGUAUUUGCAAGCU